GACAGAAACCCGUUCAGGACCCUUCGGCCCUCUUGUUUCCUCUUCUACACAGUUUGAACGGAGGCUCUCGUUUUUUUUCUGCUUCUUCUAACCUCACUGAUGUCACUGCAGCAGGGCGGAGCUUCGCCGUUCUGCAUAAAACAAGAGAGAGAGGUUCUGCUGUUGAAGCGGCCGGGUCUCUCCGUUCCUCCAUCUGAUCUGCUGCCUUCCUCCGCCUCCUCCUCUUCCUCCUCCAGCACCAUGGAGAGCUCCGGGUUGCUCCAGGCUCUGCUGCUCCUCAGCCUGCUGUGGGCCCGGUGUCACGGCCAGGCGCCACCGGACGUCUCCGCAGACGACUUCCAGGAUGAGAAACUGGACCCAGCUGCAGACCAAGACCUGGUGGAAGCUCUUGAGGUUCUUUUGGGUCGGAUCCACGGCCGGGUUUCUUCCACGGAGAAACGAGGGAGCAUCCCGCUGUGCGGGAUGGGGGGCCGCUGCGCCGUGAAGUUCGGCCCUCGCAUCGGGAAGCUCUGCGACUGCGGAAGAGGCGCCAACUGCAACUCUUACCUGCUGAAAUGCAUCUGAGGAGCUUUUUCUUUCUCCUGACUUCCUGCAGGGCCGAACAUCCUUCAGCUUCCAGACCGGUCGCCCAAUUACUGUCCACAUCCGCCGUCAUUUGUCUUCCUCCGUGCGCCGCUGCUGCCUGAGGUCUAGCAUGUGUUUUCCACUCCUGACAGCGGCCUGAAGCAUGCAGAUGCUGCCUGUCCAAUAAACCCAUAGUCAACAUGCAAA